AUGGCUAGAAGCAAGAUGAAAGUCACCGGUGGCCCCGGAAUGUGGAGGCGACACGGGAUGCCUAGGCCCAUCCGCAUUCCAACUGACAGCGAUGAAGAAGUAAUGGAAAAGCCACCACCAGUCCCCAACGACGCCGACACUGAAGCGGCCGAGGAGGCAAGCAACACCGCCAGUCCAGCAACCCAGACCUAUCGCCGUCGAACUAGGGCAUCAUUGAUUGCACCACCACCUUCACCACCAUCCGUCGCGAUCGACACCCAGGAAGGCAAAACGCCUGAAGAAACCACGCCGCCCACCAGUCAUGGCCAGAAACGGCCAAGACCACCAUCACCACCACCAUCACCAAGCCCGGAGCAACAACAAGAGACACUCAGUGCCACACCUCCCAUAAGCCAAGAAGAAGACGAAUUGCCCAGCGAUCUGCCCAAACCAACCCACCCUGAUCACAUCACUCAGACCUUGACGUUCAACAAGGCAUCCGAAAGGGCCAGGCUAGAUAGAGUUUCCUCUACGCCCUACCACCCAGGUAAGUACAUUCACCUUGGCACCCUUCAAGAACUGAGAUUCCAACGCCAGGUCCAAGGACCUGUACCUCAAAGACCCAAGCUUGAAAUACAUUCACAGGUUUCUGGCCUACACAUUUUUUGGGAGGAAGGAUGCACCCAACAUCCUGAUCAGAACAGAGUUAUACAUACUAUGGUGCAUGCACCACCACCAGAAACUACACUUUGGUUAUUGGGUUGCAACCCAAAUAUCCAGCAUUAUCCAGUACCACCGCCCCCUGAUCCUUGGGCACUUGAUCACUGCCAUUGUAGUGAACCUGAAACUUUUACACCCUGCCCAUACUGA